GUCGCCAAUCCCCGUUUCAUACCCAUUGCGCUUGCGCGCGUCCAAGGCUACCAGGAAGCAAACACGAAGCAGUUUGACUGUCUACAAUGUGUAGACAGAAAGCUGUAGAAAAUUGAGCCUGGAGCCCUGCGUGUGUGUGAGCCCACAUCAUGGCGUGCUGCCGGCUGUGCUCCAGACUGUGUCCCAGGCUGUGCUCCCGCUCCUCCGCGUACACUCUGGCCCUGGGCUUGGGCUUCGUCACCCUGGGCACCUCUCGCAUCCUGCUGCUCAAGUUCUCUGCCAACACACAGAACAAGUAUGAUUUCCUCCCUGCGUCUGUCAACCUGCUGGCAGAGGGGCUCAAGCUGCUCUUCUGUCUUGGCAUGUCUCUGAGAGUCAUGGUCAGAGACGGCCGUUCAUGUCGAGAGCUGGGCUGCUCCUCGGGCUCUGCCUUCCUGAGUUUCAUGAAGUGGUCCGUCCCUGCCUUCCUUUACUUUCUGGAUAACCUCAUCAUCUUCUACGUCAUGACCUACCUACAGCCUGCCAUGGCAGUGUUGUUCUCCAAUGUUGUUAUCCUGACCACAGCUAUCCUGUUCAGAGUUGUGCUGAAGAGACGCCUGUCCUGGGUGCAGUGGGCCUCCCUGGUCAUCCUCUUCCUGUCCAUUGUCUCCUUGACGACAGGAUCGGGAGGCAGCCAACGGGCCAUAGCGAUGCCGGGCCUCCACCCCAGCCCCCUCUCCCCACCCACCAACAGCUGCCUGCUCUACACACAGCUAGAGGAGCAACGAAGGAACGACAGUAACUCCAGCACAUGGAGCUCAGUGCUGCCGGGACAGGCUGAGGUGUGGCGGGGGAGGCUGAUGGGGACUCUGCGCUCUCUGGGCAUGGGUCACAUCCUCCUGGUGCUCCAGUGUUUUAUCUCCUCCAUGGCCAACAUCUACAACGAGAAGAUCCUCAAGGAGGGAGACCAGCUCCAAGAGAGCAUCUUCAUCCAGAACAGCAAACUGUACAUGUUUGGCAUGCUGUUCAACUGUCUGACUCUGGGUCUAGGGGGCGAGGCGAGGGGUCUAACCGUCCGUUGUGGCCUCCUUUAUGGUCACAACGUCUACUCACUGGGACUGGUGCUGGUCACUGCUGCCCUGGGCCUGUCGGUGGCAUUCAUCCUGAAGUUCAGAGACAACAUGUUCCACGUGCUGACAGGCCAGAUCACUACAGUCCUGGUCACGGCCCUGUCCCUCUUCCUCUUUGACUUCCACCCCUCGCUGGAUUUCUUCCUGCAGGCGCCCGUGGUGCUGCUCGCCAUCUUUGUCUACAACGGCAGCCGGCCCAAAGACCCUGAGUACGCCCUGCAGCGCGAGAAGCUACGCGUCAUUAACGGAGAGGUUCUGCAGAGGUCGCGAGGGGAUGGGGAGGAGCUGGAGAGGCUGACCAAGCCAAACACAGACAGUGAAUCAGAGGAGGAGUCUGUCUAGCCUCCCAUUAUGACUUCACAAUGGCUCAACCCUGUGAUGUUAUCAGUAUGCCUGACUCUGUGACAUCACAAUGGACAAACUGUCAGUCCUGAAUUAUGACUUUGCUAUAACAGAACAGAAUGGACAUGCUAUGUAUUAUGACAUCAGAGCGGCUUGGCCUGUGGUUUUGUUGGCCUACUGUGAUUGUCAUAAGUUAUUGUACAUCAUAGAUGCGAUAAAGAGGUCAAUGGAACUCGACACAAACAUGGAAAUGCCAUGGAAAUGCAUGGGGGAAAAGAUCCUGAGUCUCUUCAUUGCCCCCCAGCAAAAUGAUCCUACAUUUAGGCUAUUGUUUAUAUGUGUAUUCCACACUACGGUAUGUUGAGUAUAAUGCGUGUAUGGAUGUCAACCCCAAUACAUGUUCAUGUCAACACCAAUCAACAUUGCAGUUGGGGCGGCAGUGUAGCCUAGUGGUUAGAGUGUUGGCCUAGUAACCGAAAGGUUACAAGUUCUAAUCCCUGAGCUGACAAGGUCGUUCUGCCCCUGAACAGGCAGUUAACCCACUGUUCCUAGGCCGUCAUUGAAAAGAAGAAUUUGUUCUUAACUGACUUGCCUAGUAAAAUAAAGGUGUAAAAAAAAAAAAAAAAUAAAAAAAAAGACUUUGACUACCAUGACCGAUUUCUAUAUGCUAGCUAUGCUACCAGCUUAUACGAACAGGAGUUAGCAUUUAGCAGUCACUUCUUCUAAGCCUGAAAAUAAACAACUUUUAAAUGUUAUUCUGCGAAAACUGGCAAAUAUAUCAAAAUCCAAUUUUAGUAGCCACAUUGUGGUCCUUGUUCACAAAUAUUCACUUUGUUAGAUCAGACUUGAAUGUGCGCCAAUCCGGCAUCCUUCUUUCCCCCAAGGUUCCAUUGACCUCUUUUACCGCAUCUAUUCAGAAAUGUGCUUGUUUGUGUAUGAAAUAUGAUAUACAAAUAAUAUUGUAAUGGAAGAAAUGCUAAAUAUACAAUUUUGUAUAUGUUGUUGUAUUUAAAAUAAUGCUAUUGCUGUUAUUGACACAGUGGCAAGGGUUACAGCUGUCAGAUGUUGAUAUCUGCCAGUAUGAUCUUAUUAUGUCUUUGUUUUUAUUAUACAUUUGUUUGCAUUAUGUUGGUGGCUGUUAAGAAAUCUACUCAAGGCUGUUGGAUGUUUGGGAGCUAAAUUAGUUUUUCUAAUGGCCAACUACUCAGUUUGUCUUAACGUUAUUAAGUACUCACAAAGACCAUACAGUACUAGCACACUGUGCCAUAUAAUUUACACUUCUAUCAUGUAUUCAAAAAAGCUUCUUGUGAAGUUGUUAUGCAUAACAUAAAAUUAUUGUUAUGCUGUUUGCAUUUAAGGCGAUUUACACCUGGUUCUUUAUAUUACUAUUCAUGACAGUGCAUAAUUACAAUUUCUCAAACAGUCAACAGGUUAUCGAAUGAACAUUAAAAACUACUGCCAAAAAUACCA